CGCAGAAUCUCCCGCCCGUUACGUUGCGCUGGGCGUGGUGGGCAGCAGCCGCGGCUCGUGCUCCGUCGGUUAGUGUCAGAGCGGCUCUGGUGCGGCAGGACCAUGUCGGCGAUGGGGACUCUCGCGUUCGAUGAGUACGGGCGGCCCUUCCUGAUCCUCAAGGACCAGGAUCGCAAGAGCCGCCUCAUGGGGCUGGAGGCGCUCAAGUCUCAUAUAAUGGCAGCAAAGGCUGUGGCAAAUACACUGAGAACAUCACUGGGGCCCAAUGGUCUUGAUAAAAUGAUGGUGGACAAGGAUGGUGAGGUGACUGUCACGAAUGAUGGGGCCACCAUUCUGAGUAUGAUGGAUGUGGAUCAUCAAAUAGCUAAACUUAUGGUAGAGUUGUCUAAAUCGCAGGAUGAUGAGAUUGGGGAUGGAACUACAGGAGUUGUUGUUCUGGCUGGUGCAUUAUUGGAACAGGCUGAGCAGUUGUUAGAUCGCGGUAUUCACCCUAUGAGAAUAGCAGAUGGUUAUGAGCAGGCUGCACGCAUUGCCAUUGAGAAUCUAGACAAAAUCAGUGACAGUUUUCCAGUUGAUCCACAGAACAGUGAACCUCUCAUCCAGACUGCAAAGACAACUCUGGGUUCUAAAGUAAUUAAUCGUUGCAACAGACAAAUGGCAGAAAUUGCUGUAAAUGCUGUACUGACAGUGGCUGAUAUGGAACGCAAAGAUGUUGAUUUUGAGCUAAUCAAAGUACAAGGCAAAGUGGGAGGGAGACUGGAAGAUACCCAGUUGGUUAAAGGAGUGAUUGUGGAUAAAGAUUUCAGCCAUCCACAGAUGCCUAAAGAAGUUAAAGAUGCUAAAAUUGCAAUUCUCACUUGUCCAUUUGAGCCACCUAAGCCUAAAACCAAGCACAAGCUUGAUGUAACAUCCGUGGAAGAUUACAAGGCACUGCAGAAAUAUGAAAAGGAGAAAUUUGAAGAGAUGGUGAAACAGAUUAAAGACACUGGUGCAAACCUAGCUAUUUGCCAGUGGGGUUUUGAUGACGAGGCAAAUCACUUAUUGCUUCAGAAUGAGCUGCCUGCUGUUCGUUGGGUUGGUGGACCUGAAAUAGAAUUGAUUGCCAUUGCAACCGGAGGGCGCAUCGUUCCUCGUUUCUGCGAACUCACGUCUGAGAAACUAGGCUUUGCUGGCAUUGUCAGGGAGAUCUCAUUUGGAACAACAAAGGAUAAAAUGCUUGUUAUUGAGCAAUGUCAGAAUUCCAGAGCUGUUACCAUCUUCAUUAGAGGAGGAAAUAAGAUGAUUAUCGAAGAAGCAAAACGAUCUCUUCAUGAUGCGUUGUGUGUAAUCCGGAACCUGGUUCGUGAUAACCGCAUUGUGUAUGGAGGAGGUGCUGCUGAGAUCUCUUGUGCUUUGGCAGUUAGUGAAACAGCAGAUAAGUGCCCCUCUUUGGAACAGUAUGCUAUGAGGGCUUUUGCUGAUGCCCUAGAAGUCAUUCCCAUGGCGCUUUCUGAAAACAGUGGAAUGAAUCCCAUACAGACUAUGACUGAAGUACGAGCUAGACAAGUGAAAGAAAACAAUCCUGCUCUUGGGAUCGAUUGUUUGCGCAAAGGAACAAAUGAUAUGAAGAAACAACAUGUCAUAGAAACCUUAAUUGGUAAAAAGCAACAGAUUGCUCUGGCUACUCAGAUGGUUAGAAUGAUUCUAAAGAUUGAUGAUAUUCGUAGGCCAGGAGAAUCUGAAGAAUGAAGGCUGAAAAACAAGGAAUAAAAUGUAAUAGAGCCACUGCACUAAGAAAAAUCAGUGGGAUCUCAACAGUUCAUCUUCAGCUAUUUAUUUCUUGACAACUUUUCUUUUUGUUUUAGAUACUGUAACUGCUAGUUGUUGAAGACAAUAAAGUACCAUUUAGCAGUUGUGGCUUCAAGAGUUGUUUGAGGCAUCAUUGUCUGUUCUUACGUGUUUCCUAGCAAAUAUUCACAUCCUUUUAUAUUGACAUGUGUCAAGAAAGAUAGCUCAGAUGUUCUAUUGUUCAAAUUAUUUAUGGCCCUUCAUCUAUUGUCCCUGCAGCAGACUCCUCCUGUUGCCUGUAGGCAGAAUCUCUUACCAUUGAAUGUCCAGUGGUCUGGAUUCUCUAGCUCUUCAGUGCAGCAGACUGGAAAUUCUGUGUCAAUUUACAUAAACUUUAAAAAUGGAGUCUUGUAUGGAAUUAAAUAUGCACAUGAAUAAUGCAGUAUUCUUUGUUCACAUAAUAAAUUUGAUUUUACACUGUC